AUGGAGUCAGCUAACAACAUAGUAGACUUUUCCUCCACCAUUUACUCCAACCGUGUGUUUUGGUCUUUUCAGACUGGCUUCAUGCUGACCGACAAUCUCUACCACCAGCUGAUGGAUCCGAGCAACAAAGUGGACAACUUAGAACACUUGAUGUGCACAAUCGGCCUAGUUGCCCUUGAAAUGGGUGCUGAGGAGGUUUGUUUUACGCAUUUCGUUGCGUUUCUGUGCCAACUUUCCUCCUCCUUUUUGUCCUUUGCUGAUUAA